AUUUCUUCGUACACUGUGUGACACGGUCGUCAAUAUCGAAUAAUGUCCUAUUCAUUUCAUAGGUCGUAGCCCUAACGACUUCUUGUUAACUUAGCCCUAUUGACGCGUAAUCGAACAACAAAAGAGGGACACAGGAUAAGGCCAACGUCGGUCAUUUGGUCACCAAACGCAGUCCGAAUUGACCGCAUCCUGGGGCUUAGGAAUUUUAACUCGACAGAAAAAUAUAUUUGCCGCCAAUAGUGAAAAAGUUUUGUGUAAAAGUGGUUUACAGCCAGAUCAUGAAGAACGUAGUGGUCCUCUGUCUGUUUUGUUCUGCGUGGCUGGGUUUGGUCUCGGCGUACCCAGUGACUCAGAUGACAGACGCCCAGUUGGACAAGACGCUGUCCGACAAGGCUACGAUGCAGAGACAUCUCAAAUGCGCAAUGGGAGAAGGUCCCUGCGAUCCUGUCGGCAGAAGAUUACGAACACUAGCGCCGCUGGUGCUCCGAGGCUCGUGUCCGCAGUGCUCGCCGCAGGAGGCGCGGCAGAUCAGGCGCACCCUGGCGCAUGUGCAGAGGAAUUACCCGUGGGAGUGGGCCAAGAUCAUCCGCCAGUACGGCUGAGGCGGUGGUCUAACCGUUUGUGGCGCUUCUGUCC